GCCUGUCGACGCGGCUGCAGCCUCGGUAUUGUCCUGAGCUGAAGCUGGGACCGCCACCAUGAGCAAACGGAAAGCUCCGCAGGAGACACUGAAUGAAGGGAUCACCGACUUCCUCAUCGCCUGCAGAUCACACCUGGGCAAGGUGAAGCACCUGCUUAGCCCCCGAUCAGGUCACGUGAAACUAUGGGAGCAGGUGGUGGAUGAUAUGAGCAGCAGAACUGGCGAACUUCGAGAGGAAUGUGAAUCGAGCCAUGCAUAAAUACAAUGCUUACAGGAAAGCAGCUUCAGUUAUAGCAAAAUAUCCAACAAAAAUCAAGAGUGGUGCAGAAGCUAAAAAACUGGAAGGUGUUGGUGACAGGAUUGCAAAGAAGAUUGAUGAGUUUCUAGCGACAGGAAAGUUGCAAAAGCUGGAAAAGAUUCGACAAGAUGACACCAGUUCAUCUAUUAACUUUUUAACAAGAGUGACUGGAAUAGGACCUGCAGCGGCAAGAAAGUUUGUGGAGGAAGGAAUCAAGACUUUGGAUGAUCUGAGGGAAAAUGAACAUGUACUCAAUUAUCAUCAGCGGAUUGGCGUGAAGUAUUUUGAGGAUUUUGAAAAGCGAAUUCCUCGGAGAGAAAUGGUGAAAAUGCAGGCAAUAGUUCUGCAGGAGGUGGAAAAACUAGAUCCGAAAUAUAUUGCCACUGUUUGUGGCAGUUUCCGACGAGGUGCUGAGUCCAGUGGUGAUAUGGAUAUUCUUCUGGCUCACCCAGACUAUACUUCAGAAACAGUGAAAAGACCAAAGCUGCUUAAUAAAGUUGUGGAGUGUCUGGAAGCAAUAAAUUUUGUCACCAACACUCUUUCCAAGGGAGAUGCCAAAUUCAUGGGUGUCUGCCGAUUGCCAGAUGACAGUGAUGGCAGCGAUUAUCCAUUCAGGAGAAUUGACAUUAGGCUUAUUCCAAAAGAUCAGUAUUUCUGUGGUGUGCUUUAUUUCACGGGCAGUGAUCUUUUUAACAAGAACAUGCGGACCCAGGCAUUAGAGAAAGGCUUCACGUUGAAUGAGUACACUAUUCGCCCACUGGGAACCACAGGAGUCCCAGGGGAACCACUGCCUGUGGAAAGUGAAAGAGACAUUUUUGAAUAUAUUGAAUGGAAAUAUCGAGAACCGAGAGAGCGAAGUGAGUGAAUGUCCAUGAGGAUCAAGUUGAGAAGCUCCAGACAUCCAGUGCAUGUGAGAAUCUGAUGAUCCUGAUAGUGAAGAACUGAGUGAAGUAUUCCAGAAAGAAUUCUCCAUUCAUUUACUCAGUACCUGUAAUGCAUAUAUGGAUAGUAAAUAGUGGAUGAGCUUUUACAUGCAGUUGUUGAGAUCAGCUUUUGUAUAAGGUGCAGAAAAAGCAAUAAAGCACAUUCAGGAUACUUUGGUGCAGUAUUUAAUAAGGAAUGAAAAAUAAUAAAUACAAAUAUUACACAUAAUAAAUUGAUUGUAAAGCAAGCAAGAUGGAAGGGAUGUACUGGUUGGGUAACCUCAAACUCUGCGAACUACAAUUUCGUUCACUAUUAGAGCUUUUCCAAUCUUAAUAGCAUUGAUGAUUUCCAAACAAUACCCAUUAGCUAAUUUGAAUAAUGAGAAUAGUAUGUAGAUUAUAUAUUUAGUUGAUUAUUGCAAAGCCAAUAAAUCUUAGUGUCCUAUUUGUUACUAGGCCUGUAUGCAAUGUAAUCUAGCAAAAAACAUGCAUGUGUUACUAUGUAUGGUAAUAUACUGUCAGUCAUUCAUAACUGGUUAAUAUGGAUGCUCUGUAUAGAGAGUAAUACUAUUCUUCCACCUGUCUGUGUCGCGAGUUCAGAAGCUGUAGGUUACCUGCAGUAGUGCUUGGCACGCAUCUUCUAAACAUUUCGCACAAACACCAUACAACCUCUACGUAGAGUGCAAACUACUUCUGAGUUAUUCAGUUAUAUUUAAACCAUUUCUUAAGCAGUUCCAGAUACUAUAGGAUAUUGCAUUAAAAAUUGGGUGAUUUAGAAUUAGAUUUUUGACAUUAGUGCAGAAUUGCAGUUUUAAUUUUAUUGUGCCCUUUAAAAUGUGGAUAUACUGGACCUAUUCCACGGGUGAAAUAUAGAUCUGGCUUAUUUCAGCCUUCAUUACACAAUAUAACUUUUAAGUUAAUAAAGUAAAGUUUCAGAAGAGCAGUCUAACUUAUUUAUGUGUGGACAUUGUUACAAGAUAAGGGAGUAGUCAUUUAAAACUGAGCAGUGUAGGAAUUUUUGUGACGAAAUCUCUUGAAUUCUCUGCCCAAAAGAGUCACUGGAGUUAUUUAAAGAGUAGAAUUUUUGAAAGACUGGGCAACUGAAACUUCGUGGAAGUGGCUGAGAAGAGCAGUAGAGCCCUGGGACAGGCAGCCAUGAUCAUUUUGAAUGGCAGGGUAGACUUGAGGGCCAAAUAGCCUACUUUCCUUUGUCCUUAUAUUCAUUUAUUAUAAUAGAAAAUAGUCUUAGUCAUAGAAAAGUACAGCACGGAAACAGGCCUUUUGGCCCACCUAGUCCACGCUGAAACUAUUUAAACUGCCUACUCCCACCUAAUUUUAUGUUCUCUUGUUUUUAUACAAUUAUGUUCUGGACAAUGGUGUCCUAUGAUCUACUCUAUCUGUAAUCUACCUUACAUAAUGUUAUCUGCUUCAGCCAUAUCCCGCUUAAUCUCCUCUGCACCCUCUCUGGUGUUGUUCUCUUUGAGAGGCUGAGUAAUAAUUUAAAAAAUCAGGAGGUUGCAAAGAUAGUGUGAUUUUUGAUCAGUCUUCAACAAUGAAAAAGAAUUUCCAAUGGAAAUCCCAGUGAAGGGUCUCAGCCUGAAAUUUCAAUAAACCCUUCCAUAAAUGCUGCCUGACCUGCUAAGUUCCUCCAGCAUGUAGUGCGUGUUGCUUGGAUUUCCAGCAUCUGCAGAAUCGCUUGUGUUUGUGAAACACGAUGAAUGACAGACUGAGUGAAUGAUAAUGACCACGGCAGUUUUUCUGCCAAAUUGCUUGCUUGUUCAGUCAGUGUCAUUGGCUGUUGGGCCUGCAGAUUUGGAAGCCACUUAAACUUCGGUUGUUUCAUCUUUGUGGUUGGAAAUAGUAAAUUCUAUAUUUUAAAAAACUUGUGAGACAUAGUUUAAAAUUGAGUUAAAUUCUGUGAAAUAUACCCAGAAAUCUUGAAAUGCUAUCUGAGAUUUGGCAAACAUUUGUGUUAUUAACCCAGUACAGGCAUCAGAAUUUCCAAGUUACAUGUAAGUGAUGGAUGUGUGUUAGUUUUCCAGUUUGAUAGAUCUUUAAACAAUGCACUGUCUGGGGCUGAGGACAAAUUCUAACUAAAUAUUGGAUGAUUAAAUUGAAGAUCACAGAGGGGGAGCAGUGAGAGAAAGAGCUCCCAUUGAAGAGAUUUAAACUUUGUCAGGGUAGGCAACACCCUGAAAAAGUUUAAAUCUUGAUGAAGGGUUUUGGCCCAAAAUAUUAACUAUUUAUUCCCUUCCAUAGAUGCUGCCUGACUUGCUGAGUUCCUCCAGCAAUUUUGUGUGUGUUGAUUUCCAAUGUCUGCAGAAUCUCUUGUGUUUUAAUUUGGAGAUGAUCUGUUUUAUCUGUAGGACUUCUGUUGGAUAGUUUGGAUAUACAAGAGGCUGAAGACCUGGAGCAAUUGGUUGGAGGAGCUCAGUGGGUCAAGUGUCAGUACAGGUGCAGAGUCUCGGUCUGAAAUGUUGACCAUCCCUCUGCCUCCACAGAAGCCGCCUGACCUGCAGAGUUGCUCCAGCAGUUUGCUUUUCAGAAAUAAGAUGAAGCCUUGAAACCUCUGUUCUUAAGCAAUUUAUAUUUAAGCUGGUUUUCAAACAAUUAUGUUAGUAAUUUGGUUGCAGUUAAUAAUUGUUUUGGUCUCAAAGUUUAAAUUAAAAUAUGCUUAUUUAGAACUAAUAAGAGGCCUUAUUUUAAAUUAAAUUUAAAAUGUUCAAUUCAGGUACUGUAUAAUCACAACAUCAGUGUUUGUACAUUUUAGAUUUGGUUCAGAACUAUUUCCUAAUGGAAUAAAAAAAUGAGAAGUGAAAAAUUCUGCCAAUUUCUGAGCUUAUUAUAUGAAUGAUUUCUUUUAAAUUUUAGGGACUGUGUUCCUUUAAAAAAAUUAAACUCAGCAAAUUUAUAAAUUGUCUGCAGUUCCCCUAUCUUUUCUCCUCUGGUAUGCGUGUCAGUGUACUGUUUCAUCAUGGAAGUUGUUGUUUUUAAUUUUUACAAUUAUUUGCUAUGUUGCUAGAAGAAAUAACAACAUGAUUUAAUUGCCUGUUUUGGGUCUAUUCAUGUGCAAUUUACUUCACUAUGCUUUUAAAAAAAAAUAAAAUUUGUUUUUGUUACUA